CGCCACUUAUGUCUGACUUCCAACAGACAGCGCGUGAGUGAACGUGCUGCGUUCUCCAGGCAUGUCAGCGUUGUUGUGUAGCGUGCACGGAGUGCGUGCGGCGGCAUGUGCGUUCACGAAAACUGUCACACGAGGCACAACGCCUUUGCUACAGAGGCUGUGUCAUGCAGCAGUUGGCCACGAGACGCUGCAACAAGAAGACCCAGAAAUGUGGGAGCUAGUCAAGGAAGAGAAACGACGCCAAAUCUCUGGUUUAGAGCUUAUUGCAUCUGAAAACUUUGCUAGUCGAUCUGUUCUCGAAGCACUGGGUUCCUGUCUAAAUAAUAAAUACUCGGAGGGAUAUCCUGGUGUGAGGUACUAUGGUGGCACAGAAGUCGUGGACAAAAUCGAACUCCUUUGCCAGAAACGAGCACUCGAGGCAUUCAGUUUAGAUCCCAGCAAAUGGGGUGUCAAUGUCCAGCCAUAUUCCGGGUCACCUGCAAACUUUGCUGCCUACACUUCCGUGCUGAAUCCUCAUGACAGGAUCAUGGGACUUGACUUGCCAGACGGUGGCCACCUUACCCAUGGUUACAUGACAGACCAAAAGAGGAUAUCAGCUACAUCUAUCUACUUUGAAUCGAUGGGUUACAAACUAAAUAAAGAAACCGGACUAAUCGAUUAUGAGAAACUGCAUGAUAUGGCACGGCUGUUCCGACCAAGGUUGAUCAUUGCUGGAACAAGCGCUUACUCUAGGUUACUCGACUACAAAAAGUUCAGGGAGGUUUGCGACGACGUAAAGGCAAUCCUGAUGGCUGACAUGGCUCACAUUAGCGGACUCGUUGCGGCAAAGGUGAUUCCUUCGCCUUUUGAAUAUGCCGAUUUGGUUACCACGACAACCCACAAGACCCUUCGAGGUUCAAGGGCUGGCCUCAUCUUCUAUCGCAAGGGCGUGAAAGAGGUUGACAAGAAAGGGAAGGAAAUUAUGUACGACCUGGAGCAAAAAGUCAACUUUGCUGUGUUCCCAUCGCUUCAGGGUGGACCCCAUAACCAUGCCAUUGCCUCUGUUGCAGUUGCCCUAAAACAGGCCACCACACCAGAGUUUCGCCAAUACCAAGAACAAGUGCUCAAAAAUGCCAAAGCGAUGGUGACAGCAUUGACGGAGAGAGGCUACACAGUUGUCUCAGGUGGCACAGACAACCAUUUGCUGCUCUUGGAUCUGCGACCAAGAGGACUGGAUGGUGCACGGCUGGAGGCAGUCAUGAAUGAAUGCAACAUCACUGCCAACAAGAACACUUGCCCAGGUGACAAGUCAGCCCUUGUCCCUGGUGGAAUCCGCCUGGGUGCACCUGCUUUGACGUCAAGAAACUUCAAGGAGAAAGACUUCCACAAAGUGAUAGAAUUCAUUGACAGAGCAGUCACUAUCGCCCUUGAAGCCAAGCCAAAAUCGGGAAAGACAGUCAAAGACUUCAAGGAGUUCAUUGCUAAGGACGAGGGAACCAAGCUUAAAAUGCAGGAGCUACGAAAAGAUGUUGAAGCUUUUGCAGUCACAUUUCCCAUGCCAGGAUUCGAUGACCACUAGACACGUGAAUUACUACUGUUCCUGUACAUAAAUGUAUGAGACCUUCUUUUUGUUGAUAUUUGAAUAAAGACUAGUUCAAAAUUUAAA